GUUAAGGCAGUUUUUGACAUGUCAAUCUUGAUGUGUUUUAAAAGCUGCCAAUCACAUUACUGAGGCAGCUUGUAAGGAAGACUUAUAGUGAAGGCACAUACUCUUGGAUGCUCAUGGUGUCUUCAUUUUACCCAAAACUAAGGUCUUCACAAUAGAUAACUUUACAGCAGAAAAGUUGCUGCCUCCUUGCAGCAUGACUCCACGAGAUCACAUAAGAAAAAUCUCUAUCCUGGGGGAACAAGGAACACUAGAAGAAAAGCACUUAUACCGACUAGCAAGUGGCAUGGCAGCAGGAGAACUGCGGCAGCGGCAAGAGAUGCUAAUGAGAAAUCAGCUGAUGGCAGUGAACCCCCAGAUAAUGGGCACAGGCCAGCAGAGGAUGCAGGCAAUUCCCUCCCAGUUUGAGCCUCGACUGGUAGACAGAGAUCUGUUACCUUCAACUGAAAUGAUGGCAUCAGCUGACCCAAGACAAAUCCAUAUGGCAUCCCACCUCGGACCCACAGUCCCACAGCACACAAACAUGCCAAACAUUUUGUCCAACCGUGUUUACCCAGGCCCAGGAUAUAGUUUUCUGCAACCAGAAUCCAUGGAAGCUGUGGCCAGAAGACAGGAACUGGUUCAAAAGCAAAAUAUUGCCAGAAUGGAAAUGGAGAUGAGUGCUAUUUUUCAGCAAAAAGAAAUGGAGAAAGCCCAUCGGAAAGGGCUGCUGGGACUGGAAUCACCUUUCCUUUACCAUGGGAUGGCAGCUAGUCCCAUUGCUUUCCGUGGGAGGCACAGACUGCCUGAAGGCCAUCUUCCUGGGGAUUUAUAUGUUCAUCGUACCACCCUCGAUGAAAUUCAUGGCAACACCAUGCUCAUGGCAACCAGCCCGUACCCGCCAGUCAGCACUUUGCAAAGGGAGAGGGGACGUCGCCCAGGGAGAAGAGCUGGAAAUCACAAAACUGCAGACUGUAGCGCCAAUGGCACAAAGAACCAAGCUGAUGACAAAACUACAAACCUUGCUUCAGCUGCAGGGGAUGAUGAGAAAGAAGACAAGAAAGAAGCAGAAGUGGAGACACCAAACAAGCAUGAACAAAGCAAAAACCAGACUGAGCCACCUGCAGUUGCCAAAAACUGUAAAGAGUUUGAACAAGGCUUGAGAAAAAACUGUGCUACUCAUGAAAUUUCUACUGAAACCAACAGCUGCAGCAACACAAAUGAGAAGGAAUCUAAUAGCUCCUGUGCUGCUUUUGAUGACAAGUACAUGUACCCUUCUGCAAUCCCAUUCUCAGCGUUACCAUGUGGAUUUCCAGUUCCCAGCAACCCACUGCUACCUUCAGGAGCACAUGGCCUGAUCCUGAACGGAGAAGACAUUUCUUCCAUUGAAGACAUUCGCAAGUGGACUGUUGAUGACGUAUACAACUUCAUCAUUAACCUCCCAGGCUGUUCAGAUUAUGCUGAGAUAUUUAAAGAUCACGCUAUUGAUGGAGAAACCCUCCCACUGCUGACAGAGGAACAUCUCCUGGAUACCAUGGGAUUAAAACUCGGACCAGCAUUAAAAAUCCGCUCUCAGGUGUCUCGACGUCUGGGCAAUGUGUUCUACAUGAUGAAUCCUCCUCUGGCUGUGCCCCUGCCACCUGCUCUAGGCAAACCCCCAGAUCAGCCCUCUGACAUAACCUCCCCUCUUCACGGCAACAGCAGCGGUGAUAUGCUGGACAGUCCCUGCUCUCAGGACCCAGAAACUUCAAAAGCAGUGGAACAGAUCAUUUCAGAAAGCAGGGAAAAUCCAUGUGACUCAGCUGGAUCUCAGGCUGGCUUCCAGAUGAUAACUUUCCAAAAAAGUUGAGCUAAGUCCAGGAUAUAACAUGUUCUUAAUAACACAGGAACCUCUAGUUAUAAAGUGUUUGAGAAGUAGCUACAGCCUGAAACCACUGUGUGACUGGGGCUGAAUGAAAUAAGCCACAAAUGCAGCAUGAGGAAGUGUGGUAUCUGAAAGGCAUUAAAAAAAUGCAACUACAUGUUAGUGCAAUUAUUUUCAAGUGCAAUUCAUUGAAAAGAAUACCAGUACAGUUAAUGCGUACAUCUAAUUUUUCAUUAAAGCCCACUGUCAUCACUGAAAUCUGUCAAGACUCAGAGUGCACUGUCUUACAGUGUGUUCCUGCGGGCAGCUGAGAAACUACAAGGAAAAGUUACAGCUUCCACACAUAGCUGACUUCUGCUUCUGUGGAACAAAAUCCAUGCAGAAAAAUUAAAUUGGGAGAGUACAAAAUUACCUGCAGAAUUACCUAGACUCAGCAAUUAGAUUUAAUUCCAUUGCUAUUCUAGAAAUAAGCCUUUCUAAGUGCCUGGAAAGGGUAUGCAGGGUAUAGACAAGAUACACAGAUUAAACCCUGGACAUGAAAAUAUCAUGUGUAACAGCAAUUUUAAUUAUUCUGAUGCAUUCUUAUCACCGGUGUUUGAAUUUGUUUUGUAUGACUGCACAGCUGAGAUGAGUUUAGGAGGAAGCAUCAGGAGACUCUGACAUGAAGACCAGUCACUGGGACAGGAAGGUUCCUGCAGGGAGCAGGCUCAAAGCCACCUGGUUCCUGCCAAACUGCCACAGACCCGUCCCCUCAGCUCACCUGGGCAAGCCAAGAAAGCCCUUCACUCAGCAGCACGCUCAGUGCCCUUCAUUUUAGAAGACGCCAUCAAUUUUAGCCUGAAAGCUCCCUUUUUGCUGCAAAAAUAUGGUUUCCCCUCACUUCUGCUACUGAUGCUUCAUUACCUCACAGCAAACAAGAACCACAAAAUAGAGUUUUUAGCUAGGGAUAAAUCCCUAGCACUUUAUUGUGAUUCCUGUGUGAAUUACCUUGCUCCCCUCUUUGGAGGUUUGGUCAUAUACUGGUCUUCCACGUAGGCUUUGGAAGUCAGUAUACUUCCACUCUCCUUGCAAGAAUUACUUCUUUACUCCAAAGAACACACAAAUAUUUUUGAUACAAUUAAUAUCUGUAAAUUGAGAGUUGCUAGAUUGCAGAUCUGCUGUAUAUAACUGCUUUAGAUUCUCUCCCCUUUGUUUAGUUUGUGUGGCCUCGAGUACUUCUGAACCAAGAUGUACGCUGCUGUUUGGACAGUGAGUGUCUAAACACAUGAGGAGGGGAAUAUUCCCAUAUUUUAGACUUUCACUUUAGCCUGAGAUAAAUUGUUUUAUAUUUAUAUUUGUGCACUAGAUAAUAGAUGAUUAGAUGUUUGCAAUAAGAUGUUAAUCUUACUAUACCAUUCAAACUUUGCAGCCUUCAGAAGGGCAAAUAUCUAUAGUACUUAUUUUCUGAAAUAGCAAAGUCUUUCUGUGAAAGGAGUUGAGCCUGAUUCUGCUUUCACUGAAAACUGCCACUGACACCAAUGAUGGCAAGUUUGGGCUCUGUGCAUAUAUCUCCAAAUACUGUAACUGGAGUGUAUGAUUUAAGGGUUAACCAGUAAAAUCCAGUAAGGCCCAUUGCAAAAGCAUGGUUUCCUAUGCAGCAAAAUACUCCGAAGCUGCAGACAGACCCUAAAAUAAUCCCCUCCUAAGUGAAGUGUUGACCUUUACAUCUGUGAUCUGGUGAAAUAAUGGGAAUCUUUCCCAAGAGUCUGUAUUAUGUCUUAUGCAUCAUCUUUGGGUAUUUUUCAUAUAAGAAACUAUUUACUGAAUGCUUAAUAGUGUUCAACAAAAGCAAAAUUAUAACCUGAAGCUGGAAAGUUUAACUAUAACUCCAUAAGACUGCCGAAAAGAAGUACAACAGCAGUAUUAAUCUUGAAACAGCAAUUAGUUAGCUCUUCGUCUCAAUUAAUUUUAAAAAGUGUUGACCUCUGUUCUCUUCAUCAACUUUUCUACAUUUUUUUCACGGCUUUAAAAUUUAGUAAGGCAGCCUGGAGAGUUUUAUGUUGAAUUUGGUAAUGUAAAUGUUUACUUUUUCAGAUUCUGGAUGAAACACAAUUAAUGUACAAAAUCAUAUUCUGUUUGAAAUGCUUUUACCUGUUAUUUUAACACAUCUUGGAUGUGUUAGAUACACCAGAAAAAAUGUUUUACUUUUACAGUAGAUUUAACUAUUGUGACUUUUUUUUUUUUUUUGGUAAAUGUAGGCUGUUCAUAUACUGCAAGGGAAAAAGAAAAUAUGUUUAUAUAGUAAAAGUGCUUGUUAAAAUCAAAAAACCAACAGGAACAUCAAAUCUGUUUAGCAUCUAAAACAAUUUCUAACUUUUCUUUUGUAUGAUGGACGAUCAUGUUGACAAUGUCACUUACUAAACACUGGUUUUCAAAUGGCAUCCUCAUUACAAUCCUCAUUGUAAGAAAUAUUUGACUUAAUUCACGUGAGACCUUCUCCACCCUGGAAGAAUCUCCGAUACGUUUCUAGGUCAAUGAGGCCACGAGAUGUCGCUGCAAAGCUAAGAGAGGUUAUCCACUACCCGUCAAAGGGAGAUGCAGCACGCUUGGAGUACGGGUGGCCUGGUAAGGGCAAGGAUAUCAAGAAACUGAAGUUGUUUUAGUAAAGCAACAGCAGAGGAGCUUGACUUGGAAUCCCAUACGCCAAGGAAGAAAGAUUGAAAUCUGGUUUUGAAGAGUGUGACUAUUUUUGUAAAUGGUUCAAACAUGGACAAUGCCAAAAGCGGAGAAAGCUGGGAUGCAAACUUUGCAGUCUGGUACUACUUCUGCAAUUAAAAAAAAAGUAUAAUCCUUUGCACAUACUGGGCUCUUCUUCCCAAAAUGACAAAAAGAAUUACUUCAUGGCUUCCUGUACUGGGGUGGAGUUGUGCCAGAGCAGCCAAAAUGCAGUAGGGCCUGGACUGCAUACAACCAUAGAGUGAAACAGGAAGGAAAGGGGUUUACCUAAAUGGACACAAUCAAUUCUACUUCUAAUGAAGGAAAUACCAUUGCUAAUGAAUGUUUCCUCUCCUACAAGCACUUCAGAGAGAAUGAAAUAAAAAACCCAGGUAACAAUUAAAAAAAUACAUAGAAUAAGUAGACAGACCCAUAUUUUCAGACUUUGAUGUAUUCCAGGAAUUACAUUUAUGGGUAAACAUUGGGGCCUUACCGAUUCUCAGCAGCUACAUGUUCUUUUUUGAUUUUUAAUGCUUAUUCCAGCUGCAAAGGGGUGUAGCAGCAAUCACCAGUAUGUAAGACAGCUGGCAGAACUCUACUACUUAAUGACUUUCUGGUGCUUAUGCCACCACUGUAUUCAUUUUUUUCUGCUAUGCCACUAAAAUCACAAUGGGAUAGAGAUGAUGUAUUUUAAUAUGUGUGGCAUCAUUAGAAAUGUUUCACUUCUAUUGUUGUAUUAAUCUGUAAUAGCGAUGCAGUUAAUGAAGAAGAGAAUGUUUUUAUGAUAUGUAGAAGUAUCUGAUUUUGGCUGUAUCUACUCGAAACGUGUAGGCUCCUAGGGACAGGGACUUCCAUUUCAUUUUUUUAUAGGGAAAGGUGAAAGACAAGAUAAAUAAAAAGGUAUAACAAACAUAACAAAAUGGUUCUGUACUACAAAUAACAGUUUUAGGAAAGUCCUGAAAAGGAAGCAAUGGUUUGUCCUUCCUACCAUAACCUGUGUUUCUGACCUCAUGAUUGCUGCAUGUGAUGAUGAUGUGGAAUGCAUAUUCACGCAGACUUAAAUAGAUAAUCCUCUUCUCAAUUCCCCAGGUGAAAAAUUUCUAAAACCCACUAUGAAUACAGUGCAGUUAGGCAGAAUUCUUACCUGGUCCAAGUCAGGCAGUCAUUGUAAUCAAGCACACGAAAACAGGCAGCUAAAUCCACAAGGCAAUGGUAUUUCAAACCAACUCAUACGCAUGCCACCAGCUACUUUAUAAAAUUUAGAAUUCUGAGACCUUAUACAAUCGUGAAUCCACCAUAAAAUAGUUUUCAGAAUGUUAAUUUAUCCUUUGAAUGUGAAACAGAAAAAAAAAAAAAUUUAAACUACGUAGAAACGUCUCAUAUUUAGACUUUCUAAAUACCCUAAUACAAUGUUGAUUGGUUGUGUAGUGUUUUGUGUCACC